AAGUGCGUAUUGCGUACUGCUACGUAUAGUGAGUAAGUAGUAAUGGCAAAAAGGGGAGUUGAUUAAUCAGUGCGUUCAUAUGGUAAAAAAAUGUGACCUUGGGUUUUCAUGUUUCAUCGUGUUAUCUCUUAUCACUGUGACAUAUUUUUAUUAUGAUUUGUUCAAAACAAUUCUCGUCCAAAUUUUUUCUAAGAAAAAAAUAGGUCCAACAAGAAAAUAUAAUAAAUUGUUUUCUUAACGAUUGGAUCUAAAUAAUUAUACCAUAAACAAUCAAUUUUUUACACUCUCUUGUGUAGAAUCAACAAUUACAAUGGAUAAGCUACGAAAAGCAUUGAGUGGGCAAGAAAAUCAAGACAAUGAUAGCUCUACAGGAAUUUUGCCAAAUGUUAACCAAAUGUCUUCAUUAGAAUGGUCUACACGCAUAAAAGGCUUUAUUGCUUGCUUUGUGAUUGGAAUAUUUUUUUCAUUAAUGGGAGCAACAGCUUUAAUUUUGCCUUUACACAAAAAAAUGGCUGUAUUUAGUAUAUUUUAUACUUUAGGAAAUGUAACAUCACUUCUCAGUACGUGCUUUUUGAUGGGUCCAAUGAAACAAGUAAAAAAAAUGUUUUCAUCUUCUAGAAUUAUCGCAACAGUUAUUGCACUUGUGAUGAUUGUUCUUACUUUAGUAGCAGCUAUUGGUAUGAAAAAUGCUCCGUUAACAUUUCUGUGCAUAAUAUUUCAAUUUCUAGCAUUAACCUGGUACUCAUUGUCAUACAUACCUUAUGCAAGAGAAGCCAUCAAAAGUUCUAUGUCCACAAUUAUGGCUUAAUUUUAUCAACAACCAUAUAUUCAAUAAACAAUUUUAAUUAUAUAUUUAAUGUAUUAAGAAACUACUGAGAACUACCUGAGAUAAUAACUAAGUACAAUAUUUGUUUUGUUUGUAUUGUAUCAGCAUUCCUACGUAUGUCAAUUUUACAUUUUGGAGCUUCCAAUGUUUUGAAUUUACAGAUCCAUGAUCACAUGUGUUAUAAUUAUUAUUAAAUUUAUUUUACUUAAGUAUUUAAAAGCUAAGUUGUUGGCUGUGUGCAGUGAUUUUUAACAUACUUUCUUAAUUUAUUUUUAGAAUUGUAAAGUAAUAUUGUGUGUAUCAUAAAGAUAAUGUCCAUACUGGUUAUAUUAAAUUAUAUAUUUUUAUUAUUUUUAUAUAGCUGUUACAAAUUUAAUUUUGAAGAGAUAGUUGUUAAAAAGCUUUGAAAUCGUUAAGUUUUUAUGUGUUGCGUAUGUUCAGUUGUAAACGGUAUAGUUUUUUUUUUUUAUCACUAGUAAAUUAAGUAAUAUUAUUGUGAAUUAUUACACUCAAGCAUCUUUCGUUAAAUUGUUUUGUUAAAAAUGAUAGUUUUAUCGAAAAACAUUUGCUAUUUUGUUCUAAAAAAUAAAAUAAUAUAUCAUUGUAAUACUUUUUACCAAGUUGUGCCUUAUUACAGUCUUCCUAAUUACAACUCUUUUGUAA